AUGAACACAUUCAACCACAGUCAUUCCUCAUUCUCCCACACAGAGUUUGUCCUCUUUGGGUUUCCGGGGAUCGUGACCUACAGGAUGUUUUUGGUGAUCCCAUUUCUUUCUAUAUAUGUUACAAUCUUGACUGGUAACUCCAUCCUGAUAUACCGGAUCGGUGUAGAGAGAAGUCUCCAUUCUCCCAUGUAUAUUCUUAUUUCCAUCCUCUUUACUGUCAAUAUUUCCUGCACAACUUCGGUGGUACCCAAACUCAUCCUUGGCUUGUCCUUGGAUAUGAAUGCGAUCUCUCUGGCCGGUUGUCUUGUACAGAUGUUCUAUAUUUACUUCAUGGCUAUUUUUGAGUCUGGUGUUAUCUUGUCGAUGGCUCUGGACAGGUAUGUUGCCAUCUGUAGGCCUCUACGUUACAAUGAUAUCAUGACCAAUCAGACUCUGGUCUACCUGGUCAUCAUCGGGCUCGCACGGUCCACUCUUUUUGUUUCCCCAAUGGUCAUACUGGCUUCUCAUGUUCAAUACUGUAAAUCCAACAUCAUUCAGAAUUUUGUGUGUGAGAACAUGGGACUGCUGAGCCUGGCCUGUGGGGACAUCUCCAGACAGCAAAUUGUGGGUCUACUUGUUAGGAUCUUCAUCACAAUUCUUGACUCCGGUCUUCUCUUCUUCUCCUAUUCCAGCAUCCUCUAUACAGCCAUGAAGAUCAUAUCUGGUAAAGCUCGGCACAAAGCCCUGCAUACCUGUGGGACCCACAUGUUGGUGGCCGUUGUCAUAUACAUCUGUGCUCUGCUGUCAUCAGUCGUGUACAGAUUGCAUACAUUUAUCUCCUACGAUGUCCAGAACCUGUUUAAUGCAAUCUACCUGAUGAUUCCCGCCAUGAUUAACCCCUUCAUCUAUGGAUUAGGAGUCAAAGAGAUCAGAGAUUGUCUCAGGAGAUCCUGGAAGAAGAGAAGGUGCGAGCUCUCCUCCUCCAUGCACAUUCACAUUAAUAAGGCUUUUGUUCUUCGAUUUACUGCAGAAGAUAAUAAAUAG